AUGCUAUUGAUGAAUGAAUAUGCAGUUCCUCCUCUGGUCCUCACCUUGCAGCAACUCACUAUUGGAAGCUUGUUGCUUCGAACCCAUUUGUUUUCGACUGGCAGACUUCAACCUUUACCAAAGAAUCUCUCCAUGAACACACAACCAAUCUAUUAUGAUUUCGUCUUGACUGGAUUAUUUAAUGCAUUGGAUUUCUUGGCCAGCAAUACUUGCUUUUCGCAUUCAUCGGCUUCGUUUGUUGAAACCAUGAAGGCCUCCGAACCCCUAAUGACAACCGCGAUUGCGCUUUUCUUUGGAAUCGAUUCUCUUUCUGGAAACGAAGCAAUCUGCUUUAUCAUUCUCCUCGGUGGAGUUUUCUGUAGUACGAUUGCCAAUUCAUCGGAUCCCAAUACUAUGAAUCAAGAGUUCCAUCAGUCCAUGAAGACGGCUUGCAUUGUCAUGAUUGCCAACUUGUGUUUUGCACUGAGAGCAAAGUCUCAAAAACUAUUCCGAGCACACGUUGAUUCACAAAAAAUGGACGAUGAGAAUCUAUUGAUGCACAUGGAGCAAAUUGGUGCUAUGUCCCUUGUUAUUCCUGUCAUAAUAUUUGAAUUACCAGGUAUAUUUGAGCGAAUCGUCAACUCGAGUUUGCAAGCGAAUUGGAGUUAUGGCGUCUUGGCUGUGACCAAUGCUGCUUGCUUCUGUACCUACUGUGUCGCAAGUUGUUUAGUUCUUACAAAGCUUAGUGUUGUCCAAUACACUUGCUUCAAUUGCCUUCGGCGCAUACUCGCCGUUAUUUUCACAGCUAUUGCUUUUGGUGUACCUAUUUCCAUGUUUGGAGCCUUUGGUAUAGGUUUGUGCUUUCUCGGAUUCAUCAGCUUUACGCUUGUGCAUAACCAAAAAUCAAUACUGCCAAGCAUUGACUCGCCAACAUCAAUAUUGCCGCUUCAAAUGUCCAUGUCAAGAGAAGAGUAA